AGGCACCGUGUCAUUACCAUCUCUCUUUCUUUAGGAUGUGAUCUAUAAAACAAAGAUAUCGACAUUUGCUUCUCCUUCCUCUCUCUCUCUCUACCCCCCUCUUUCACACUACUAAAUCUACUUGUAUAUUUAUUAUCAUCAAAUCAGAUCUUGAUUCUCUCUAUACUCUAUACAUACUCUACACCCCCCAAAUCUCCAAUUCACAACCCAACAAUGGGGCACAUCAAUCUAACUUCCCCCAAACAACGAACCCCCACAAGAAAAUGGCAGCUUCUCGACUUCAUCUCCAUGAUCUUCUUCGCCAUCGUCCUCCUCUUCUUCCUCUUAAUCUUCACCCCUCUGGGCGACUCUCUAGCCGCCUCAGGCACCCAAGCUUUGAUCCGCUCCAACGCGGCUGACCCGAAGCAGCGGCACGCUCUUGUUGCACUUAUUGAAGCCGGAAAACACCCCACAAUCGAAUCCUGUUCUGGGGAUGCUGUCGAUUACAUGCCCUGUGAAGAUCCGACCCGGAACAGUCAGCUCAGUAGGGAGAUGAAUUAUUAUAGGGAGAGACAUUGUCCGGUUGUUGAUGAGACUCCUUUGUGUUUGGUUCCUCCGCCUAAAGGGUAUCAUGUUCCUAUUCAGUGGCCUGAGAGUUUGCAUAAAAUAUGGCACGAAAACAUGCCGUAUAAUAAAAUAGCCGACAGGAAAGGUCAUCAAGGAUGGAUGAAAAAAGACGGUCCAUAUUUCAUCUUUCCCGGGGGUGGCACUAUGUUUCCAGACGGCGCUACACAAUACAUCGCCAAACUUAAACAAUAUAUUCCUAUUUCUGGUGGGGCCCUCAGGACCGCUCUUGAUAUGGGUUGUGGGGUUGCUAGUUUUGGCGGUCACCUACUAGAAGAUAACAUUUUAACCCUAUCUUUCGCUCCACGAGAUUCACAUAAAUCACAAAUACAAUUCGCUUUAGAAAGAGGAAUACCCGCUUUAGUUUUAAUGCUUGGUACUCGCCGACUUCCGUUUCCCGCAUCAUCGUUCGACUUGAUUCACUGCUCUCGUUGUUUAAUCCCGUUCACCGCGUAUAAUGCAACGUAUUUUAUGGAAGUUGAUCGAUUACUUCGACCCGGGGGGUAUUUGGUAAUAUCGGGCCCGCCAGUACAGUGGGCCAAACAAGAUAAAGAAUGGGCCGAUCUGCAAGCAGUGGCUAGAGCAUUGUGCUAUGAGUUAAUCGUUGUCGAUGGCAACACUGUUAUUUGGAAAAAGCCCGUUGGUGAAUCAUGUUUACAGACCCAAAAUGAACUCGGGCUUGAAUUGUGCGAUGAGUCUGAUGACCCUAGUUCUGCUUGGUACGUGAAACUGAAAAAAUGUGUGAGUCAGACGUAUGCAGUAAACGGAGAUAUUGCUGUUGGUGCAAUUUCAAAAUGGCCACAAAGACUAAAACAAGCUCCAGCACGGGCCACAUUGAUUAAAAACGGAAACGAUGUGUUUGAAGCCGACACACGCCGUUGGGAAAGAAGGGUUGCGUAUUAUAAAAAUUCGUUAAAUUUGAAAUUAGGGACUCCCGCAGUAAGAAAUGUGAUGGAUAUGAAUGCGUUUUUUGGUGGUUUUGCUGCUGCGAUAUCAUCCGAUCCGUUGUGGGUGAUGAAUGUUGUUGCGGACCGCAAGCCUUCAACUUUAGGCGUCAUUUAUGAUCGUGGGCUUAUUGGUGUUUAUCAUGAUUGGUGUGAACCGUUCUCAAGUUACCCUCGAACUUAUGACUUUAUUCAUGUGGUUGCAAUUGAAUCCCUCAUUAAGGACCCGGUUACCGGCAAAAACAGAUGUAAUAUCGUGGACGUCUUGGUGGAAAUGGAUCGAUUACUACGACCCGAAGGGACCGUUGUGGUACGCGACUCCCCAGAAUUUAUAGCAAAAAUAGACCGAAUUUCUAGCUCGUUAAGAUGGAAAUCUACCAUACAUGAUAAGGAACCGGAAUCUCAAGGAAGAGACCGAAUCUUGGUUGCCACAAAGACGUAUUGGACAUUACCUUAAAAUCUUCCCAUCAACACAUUUUCUUUAGGUUUAAUAUUUUUGUGUUAUGUAAGUUAUUCAUCGGAAAGUUCUUGUAUGCAUCAAUGCACAAGCUUUCUCCUUCCUCGCCCGGUGUUUAAUUUUUUUUUGUCGAAGUAAUAGUCGUGUUAGAACGAGAAGCAAAAUGUAUGAAAGUAAAGAUGAUAUAAACUUAGUAUACUCGAUUAUUGUCGCAUGCUGUCAAUGAUAUAUGUUUCAUUUGUUA